AUGGAUUGCAGAAAACCCUUCGACCUGCACCUACUGCUCCUUCUCCUUCUCUUUGCCUAUUCCUCAAACGCCAUCUUCAAAUUCACUUCCUGCAAUGGACAACAAGUAACAGUCGGAGGAUGCUUAAGACAAGAGAGAACAGCGCUUUUAGCUUUCAAGCAGGGUCUCGUCGAUCCUUCGGCCCGCCUGUCUUCUUGGGGUGGAAACAAUUGCUGCAGUUGGCGAGGCAUUGAGUGCGACAACAAGACUGGGAAUGUAAUGAGGCUUGAUCUCCGCAACUCGUUCCCCAUCAACCUCGAACCAUACUCAAUGACCACAGAGCAACUGGACGCCUACAAACUGUCAUGCCUCGGAGGUCAGUUGAAUUCCUCUUUGCUUCAACUGGAUCACUUGACUCACCUGGACUUGAGCUUGAACGACUUCGAAGGACUCCAAAUCCCGGAGUUCUUGGGCGAGUUCAAGCACCUGAGGUAUCUCAACCUCUCGUAUGCAUCAUUUGCUGGACUGGUCCCUCCCCAUCUCGGCAAUUUGUCAACCUUGCAUUACCUGGACAUCUACGCCGAUUCAUUCAGCGCAGGUGGCCGUCAGGGGAUGGAGAUAGAGAACCCAUCUUGGCUCUCUGGUCUCUCCUCUUUGAAACACCUCAAUCUCGGUUUUGUAACCAUUCAUAGCUCUGAUGCGAAGUGGCUGCACGCUGUCAAUAUGAUUCCUUCUCUGCUGGAGUUGUACUGCCAUGGCUGUGAGCUUCAAGAUAUGGCAGUCACGUUGCCAUUUGUCAAUUUCAGUUCGCUUUCAGUCCUCGAUCUGUCGCAGAAUUUAUUUAACUCUUCGUUUCCGGAGUGGCUGUCUACUCUUACUAGCUUAACUAGACUAGAUCUCAGCACCAAUUCUUUCAGUGGUUCCAUCGCUGUUGACUUUGGGAGCAGAUUCAGUGGGGACAUUUCGGGGUUGCUGAAUUCCUUUACUGGGUGUCAGACUGUGAGCUUGGAAAUGCUUAAUCUGAACUCGAACGACUUAGUGGGAGAAUUGCCCGAUUCAAUUGGACUUUUCAAGAAUCUGAAACAUCUGGACCUGGCUUACAACUCUCUCUGGGGUUCUAUUCCAGCAUCCAUUGGCAACUUAUCAGCAUUGGAAGUUCUGUACCUACACUCGAACAAGAUGAACGGCAGCAUCCCUGAAAGUUUUGGCCGACUUUCUGAGCUAAGAGAUUUGAAUCUCAUUGCAAAUUCAUGGCAAGGAGUCAUAACAGAAGCUCACCUGAUGAAGCUCACCAGAUUGGAAAGCUUGAUGCUUUCAUCCAGCUCCCUGGUGUUCAAGGUGGAUCCCCAGUGGAUCCCUCCUUUCAGGCUCGACUAUCUUCAACUCGAGGAUUGUACUGUCGGCCCUCCAUUUUCCACUUGGCUUCAAGUUCAGAAUCGUCUGACGCAGGUGAAACUCCAAAAUGUCGGCAUUUCUGACACCAUACCAAAGGAAUGGUUUUCUGAGUUGUCAGCUGAAAUCCUCGUCAUGGACCUGUCAGAGAAUCAGAUCAGGGGCGAGCUUCCUGAAGAACUGGUUUCUCCCAAAUUAGAAAUGCUAGAUCUUUCCUCCAAUCGCUUUGAGGGAUUUCUCCCACGCUGGUCUACCAAUGCAACUCAGUUUUACAUCCAUGAGAACUCACUCUCAGGUCCAAUACCUCGGGACAUUGGCACGCUGAUGCCAAGAUUGCGAAACCUUCACCUCUCAGACAACACUCUAAACGGCACAAUUCCACUAUCCAUAUGCAAGAUGGCAGACUUGCAAGUUCUUUCUCUCAGGAACAAUUACCUUUCAGGAGAGCUACCUGACUGCUGGAGGGAUUUGUCAACGUCGUCCUUGUGGGUCGUUGAUGUUUCAAACAAUAGCUUAUCAGGGGAAAUACCUUCAUGGUUGGCCGAAAAUUUAUCGGCCACUUUUGUGCUCCGUCUUCGAUCUAACCAGUUCCACGGACAGAUCCCAGAAGCACUCUGCAAUCUCCCGCUGCUUCAUUUCUUGGACUUGUCCCACAACAAUCUUUCGGGUGGGAUCCCCAAGUGCCUGGACAACUUGACCGCUAUUGUCUACGGAAACAGCAGCGAGUUGUAUUAUCGGGACUUCCAGUUCCGUAUGGCCUACUUCAAGGAGGAAACCAAGGUGGUGACCAAAGGGAGAGCAUACGAUUACAACCGGAAUCUAGCUCUGUUGAAUGUCAUUGAUUUCUCGGAGAACAACUUGAGUGGCCCAAUCCCCGAAGAGAUGACAAAGCUUCUAUCUCUUAGGGUUCUGAACUUGUCGAGCAACCAUAUCAGUGGAGCCAUUCCAGAGAAAAUAGGAGACUUGAAAGUCCUGGAAACGUUAGGACUUGUCUCAUAA